AUGGCCGAUCCUUCGAGCGUGAAUGAAGCGAUUGUCCAGAUAAAGACCUUGCUCUGGGGUAACAGCGUCAAGGAGGAGGUGUUCAAUCGCUGGGCCCAAGGGUUCAUAUUUUCGGAAGACGAGCCGACGGCGCUGGUGCAAUUAGAAGGCGGCCCGUGCGCAGUGCUCGCCCCGGUCCAGGCGUUCAUCAUCAAGGACCUGCUGCUCCAGGGUGCGCCGAACACAUGGAGGGACAUAACCAGCGAUAAGCAGGACGCGCUCCUGGUAAAAGCAGCCUUGGAGAUUAUUUCACAAGCAGCAGACGACCCGCCGUACUACUCGCUGGUCCACAUUGUGCAUGGCGAUGACGGGGACGAGGAUGACAACGACGGUGACGGGGACGGAGAUGGAGAUGGAGAUGGAGAUGGUGACAGAGAGCGAGAGGAGAUAGAACCUCACGAACGGGACUCGGAGUACUUUCACUCCAGGCUCAGGAUAGUCGAGACGCGGAACCUGGAUGAUGUCGAAAAGUGGCUCACCUCCAGGAUCUAUAUGUUCAAGGAGCAGUUCGGAGUUUUGUUGUUGCUCUACACUGUCGUCUGCACCAAGGGUCUCGAGGGGAUGACCAACGAAAUGUCAGAUCCCACUGAACCCGCUAUUGACUCUACUUAUGGGUACGGCAGUCAGAGCUUGAUCAACCUUAUGCUCACUGGUCGAGCUGUUGGACAUGUUUGGGAUCAUGAUCAGAAUGUUGGAGGGCUAGAAUUACGUGGAAUAGACAAACAAAAUGCAGUAGGAUUCUUAGCAUUUCUGGAGCACUUGCGUUUCUGUGAAGUCGGGACAUUCUUAAAGUCCCCAUCGCACCCGGUGUGGGUCCUGGGCUCAGAAACACACUUAACAGUUUUAUUUUCAACGGAUCGGCGCUUAGUAUCACCAGAAACACCCGCGGAGCACGCGAGACGUAUAUUCAAAAAAUUUGACCCCGAGGGAAACAAUUUCAUACCCUCGAACUUGUUGGGAGACGUGCUUGCCGAGCUGGGAUUAUGCAGUGACAAAGAGUACAUUGAUAUAAUAAGAAAAAAAUUAGAUAGCGAAUCACUGGGUAUAAUUUUAUUAGCGGCAUUUAUGGAUGAAUAUUACCCCGAAGAGAUACAAACUUGUCCAGACACUUUUCCAUUGUUGCAUUACAAUGGUUUAUUGCGUAGCAAUCCGGACAACCGUAUUAUUUAUCACACCGGAGAUGCUGUGUUACUCGAGUGUACAGUUAAGUGUAUUUUAGACAGUAAUCCAAUGUUGACGGUAUUACAAACCAAAUGGCCGAGCAUUGAAGUGCAGUGGAAUGGUAACAUAACUCCUAGCUUAAAUUAA